AUGGCGCCUAUCAACGAAGCCAAGAUCACAGCUUUGCACAACCUACGGCUCGUGGACGCUCACGAAGCGUUACCUGCACAGUGCGAACCCGACAGACGUCCACCAGGCAUGGUACUCUCCUGCUCCUCGACACCGAGCCCAAAGUCGAAGGCGAAGUUCAACAGUCUUCCUGAUGAGCUUCUCCUGACAAUUUACAACUUCAACGCUACCAGGAUUUUCGACAUCGCCGACCUCCAUCGGUACAUCUCAGGCGCCAGAGCCAGCAAAGCAAUAUAUCGCUGCGCUCUGGAGUCAUUAUGUCGCCACUUCAACAUCCCCAAGGACAUCAGGCUACGCCACAUCCCUGACCUGUUCACCAACAUCGAAAUAUUUGUCGACACCCUCAAUCUUGCCGAGCCCGGUAUGCGAAUACCUAGCACUCGGACUGGCCAUGACUUCGCAGCAUUUGGUAUGCCGAAAGAAUUCGGUCUUUCGCAACUUACGUUCCUUGCAGCGGACGGGUUCAGCGUGUUGUCGAAGCAGAGGUUCGAGGGCUUGGCGAUUGACGAACGCAUUGUGGACACGAGAGUGGGCACUCUCGACUUACGGGUCGUCACGAGUGACGAAAUUGAGUAUGCGUGGGAGGGCAUUGUCGAUGGUCUUCUCGUUGGGAUGCCGUCAGUCGCUGCUCUGGACAUCAAGUUGGAAGUCGAAAAACCUACGUGGUCAGAAAUCCGGUAUCCAAAUCGCCUUACGAGGAAAGCUGUGCGAGCUUAUCAGAAGGAGGGUCUGUCGGUCAGGGUGACUGGUCCUCGCUGGCCGGAGGUGGGUACUGUGGACAAGAAGUUGAGUAGAGACUUCUGCAGAGUUGAGGCACGCUUGUACAGGUUUCAUCCGGCCGCCCUUAUUCUGGCCUAUGUAAGCGUGUUCUUGGCGAUAUGGAUGGCUUUGUGCUUUUUGAGUAAGGCGAUGUUUGGCCAUAAGCUGAGCAUCAGCCCUAGCGAGGUGCGAUGGCAGGGGACAAGAACCAGCAACACAGCCACCACAACCUGGCGACUCCAUCUGUAG